CAAAUAGAGAAAGAAAGCUGCCACUUUUCUCUCUCGCAUAGCUCUCAGCUGGUCUUGGAAUAGGAGCUUUCAACUGUUCAAGCUUUUAUAUCUUCCUUUUGGUCCCAAAGAUUUGAAUGUAAUCAUCACCCCAUUUCAUCACUUCAACUAGAUUUAGGUUGUUUUUUUGGAGCAUCCCAUGUUUCAAUUGAGUGCCAAUUUUUAGACGUUUUCUGUAAAAAUUGUGUUUUUUCACGAUGAGAGAAGAGAACCCAUCAGAAACCAGAGCAAGAUCGAUCAAAUUUUCCGACCAAAACCAGAUUCCGAAAUGUUCGAAUGUGAAGGGCAGCAGCAAUUCUUCGAGAUUGAGGUCUGCUUCCUCAUGGGGUUCUCACAUUGUGAAAGGGCUGGCAGGGGACAAGAAGGCCAAGGCGCAGCCCACAGUCACCAGCAAGAAACCACCACUAACAGGGUACGAUUUAGCAAACCAGAAGAUCCCUUUUGCGCCAGCUCAGCCACGCGUCAAGCGCUCGCUGAUUGGCGAUUUGGCGUGCUCUGUGAAUGCUAAUCAGGUUCAUCCUCAGAUGCAUCCGACCCACCGGAGGCAGUCGUCACGAGAUUUGUUUAUUGAGCUUGAUCACUUGAGGAACUUGCUUCGGGAGUCUAAGGAAAGGGAGUUUCAGUUGCAAGCUGAGUUGUCGGAGUGUAAGCGAAACCCCAGGGUCUUGGAGCUUGAGAGGGAACUUGAGGUGAAAAGGCGGGAGCUUGAUGGUCUGGCUCGGAAAGCUGAGCUGCUGGAAGAAGAGAAAACUAGUCUCUCCGAUCAGUUGACAUCAAUUUUGGAGAGGAGUGAAGUGAUUUUGAAAAGAGAAGAUCAUGAAACCUCAGUGGCAUCAGCAUCGGGGAGUGCGGAAAUGGAGGUUUUAGAGUUGAGGCGCCUGAACAAGGAGUUGCAGCUUCAGAAGAGAAAUCUUGCUAGCAAAUUUUCUUCUGCAACAUCCCAGUUGGCUUCUCUGGCAAAGGCUUCUGAGAGUGACAUUGUUGAGAAGAUUAAAGCUGAGGCGUCUGUGCUAAGGCAUACAAACGAAGAAUUGUGCAAACAAGUUGAAGGUUUACAAACGAGUAGGUUGAAUGAGGUUGAGGAGCUAGCAUACUUGAGGUGGGUGAAUUCAUGUUUACGAAACGAGUUGCAGCACUCAUCCUCCACCACAAAUUCUGAUAACACAUUAAGUCCCACUUCGAUUGAGAGGAGUAGAAAAUCUGAUGGAGCACUUUCAUUUAGAAGCAGCAAGUACUUAGAAUACAGUGGUGGAAAGCGAUUGAACCUUAUGAAGAAACCAAAGAACUGGCCAAUUGCUGAUGAGGAUUUGCCUAACUUAGAAAGCUCAGACGAGGAAGCAGGAAGUCCCAAAAGAAGACACUCAAUAAGCGGAUCAAGAUUCUUUGCAGAAGACUUGGUGCAGACGAAUAAGAGAAGGCAGUCUGAUGGUUUUACGUGUGUCCAAGAAAUGGAGAAGCAUACAGAGACUGUAACCUCUCAAGAAUAUGAUUUGGGAAUCCUUCACGGAUCACAGUUCUUUGGAAAUUGUCACGAAAUUAAUAAACUUCCAUCUUGCUUAGAUGUUGAGAAAAGGGCCUUGAGAAUUCCAAACCCCCCUCCAAGGCCUUCAUCUUCCAUUUCUAGUGCAACCAAAGUGGAUCGUUCAGCACAAGUUCCACCACCGCCUCCACUUCCCCCACCGCCUCCUCCUAAGUUUGCAGCGAAGACUAGUCCCACAGGAGCUGUACAAAGAGCCCCACAAGUAGUUGAGUUUUAUCAUUCACUGAUGAAGAGAGAGUCUAGGAAAGAUUCUUCAAAUGGAGGAGCUCCUGAUGGCCCAGAUGUUGCAAAUGUUCGUAGUAGCAUGAUCGGAGAAAUUGAGAACCGAUCAUCACAUUUGCUUGCUAUAAAGGCAGAUGUGGAGACUCAAGGAGAAUUCGUGAAUUCGUUGAUAAGAGAGGUGAACAAUGCAGCUUAUCAAAACAUUGAAGAUGUUGUGGCAUUUGUGAAGUGGCUCGAUGACGAACUUUCCUUUCUUGUGGAUGAGAGGGCAGUACUAAAGCACUUUGAUUGGCCAGAAAAGAAAGCUGACACACUGCGCGAAGCAGCAUUCAGCUACAGAGAUCUCAAGAAACUGGAGUUUGAAGUGUCUUCUUACAAGGAUGAUAACAGACUGGCUUGUGACAUUGCACUAAAGAAAAUGGUUUCCUUGUCUGAGAAGAUGGAGCGUACAGUUUAUAACCUUUUCCGGACAAGGGAGUCAUUGAUGCGUAAUUGCAGGGACUUCAAAAUCUCCACAGACUGGAUGCUUGACAAUGGAAUUUUAAGCAAGAUAAAGUUUGGCUCAGUCAAGUUGGCAAAGAUGUACAUGACGAGGGUGGCUAUGGAACUUCAGUUGAAGGCAGCAGCGGAGAAAGAUCCUGCAAUGGAUUACAUGCUGCUUCAGGGAGUGAGAUUUGCUUUCAGAGUUCAUCAGUUUGCAGGGGGAUUCGAUGCAGACACAAUGCACGCGUUUGAGGAACUUCGCUACCUUGCUCAUCUUCUCAACAAAAAGUAACGAGGCAAAGGUGGAAGGCUAUAUGGAACAUUUUUCGCUUACCAUCUCAGUAAGCUUCAUACAGGAAAAUGUAUACGUUCUGUAGUAAGCAUUUCGGGCAAGACAGCACAAUUCGGCUGUAGUUUAUGUGAAAAAAAAAAAAAUGUAUACAUUAGGUUCUUCUGCAACGACUUCUUGCAAGUUGUACGAUAAGAAUUAUACAACUUCUUCAGAGUUUCAUA